AUGCGGGCUCUGGAGAUACAAUCUCACAACAAUCUACUUAACGAAAGAGGCGCAUCUGAGCGUCUUCAGCUGCUUAGCCGGAAAGAUGCUGUAUCAUUAAUCGAACGCAUCGCUCGAGGGGUAAUCGAAUCAUCGAGGAUUCCAGCAGGAGAAAUAAUGGGAUGGAAUAAUCACCAGGGUAAAUUGAGGUAUUGUUAUCCGAAACCUGUGCUACUUCACCACAAGACGUAUUAUAACGCUCAGCACGAACAAUCUGAGUUGUUACUUGCGUAA